CGUUACUAUGCUUCAGUUAGAGGCUCCAUUUUAUUGGCUGAAAAAUGUUUAUCACAAUAAGUUUCCUGUCUUCACAUGUGUAUAUAUUUAUAUAUAUUUGUAUAUGUAUUUCUUUUACAUGUUCUUUUCAUACAUUGUGUUUCAGAUUACAUACACUCAAUUUGACAAAACAGUGAAUGAGUGAUAGUUGUGUGGGACAUUUAUUUCAUGCAAAGAUUUGAUUUGGUAUAACUAACAUUAAAAGAUUUGCCAUAGAUAAAAUGCCCAAAGUCGCACCAAACAAAGCCAAAUCUGGCAAGAAGCAGAAGAAAAAUGGUAGCAGCAAGUUGGCACAACUCAUCGCCACUGCCAUCAGCAAAGAUGAGGAAGUGCUCAAGGAAAUUGUGGAUUUACUGCCUACCACGGAUAAAGAUGACGGUACGGCCAAUUAUGAAAUUGAACCAGACCAGGAUGUCCAAUCCAUGUCCACUAACCAUGACCAAAUGGACACUAGUGAGGAUGGUGUUAGUUUAAGCACCAUAGAUUCUGGACCUGUUCCCCUUGAUUUAAGUAACAACUCGGUGGAUCUAGGAUCUUUUAGUCUAGUCCAUCCGCCUAUAGACUCAAAACUAAGGCAGCAGAUAUGGAAUCGGGAAUUUGUAGAUCUGGGGGUUCUUUAUUUUAGAGAAAAAAACAUAUCAAAAACCACCACUAUCCAGGAAUCUGGAAAUAGAACGGUCACCUCUAUUCAGGAGGGGUCCAAGAAACAAAUAAGCACUAUACUAACUUGGUCUAGAGCCUUUCAACAAUACGCCGAUGUGUAUUGUUGCAAGUACCCUUUGGAGAGUAGCCAACUCUUCCAAUAUAUGUCUAUUAUUCAAAAAAUGGCCCAAUCUACUGAUAACUGGUUGCUGUACGACACUAAGUUUAGGCAGCUAAGGGCAACCAACCCUCAACCAUGGGGGAUAAUCCAUGCUGAAACAUUCCUUUUUUGCUCAAUUGACAAGCCAGCCAAUCACAAAGUCCAAAACAACAACCAUUCCUUUCGGAAAUACCUCCCGCCCCACAUCUUUCAAAGAAAAGGUUAUUGUUGGGAAUUUCAAAAAAGAUCCUCUUGCUCAAAAAAGUCCUGUUCUGUCAGUCACAAAUGUGCAAACUGUGAAGGACAGCAUGCAGCCAUCUCCUGCCACCUUGAUUUUAAGAAAUUCAAACAACCCAUCAAAACAGGUGACAACACAGCCAAGUAAUAAGGGCUUUAAGGUAUCAACCCCUAUAAAUGUAUCCUCCCUACAACAAUAUCUUGAUGGUUAUUAUCUCAAACAAUCGGUAAUUGAUGGUUUUACUUACGGCUUUAGUUUAGGUACUGUCGGUUAUGUCCCGGCAUUGUCAGCCAACAACCACCGCUCUGUUAGCACUCACCUUGAUUUUGUUCGCACAAAGCUAUCCUCUGAGAUUUUGAAGCAAAAAAUUAAAGGGCCUUUCAAGACUAAACCAUUCCAUGACUUAGUUUGCUCCCCUUUAGGUGUCGUCCCUAAGAAAGACCCUAACUCCUUUCGACUCAUACAUGAUCUAUCUUACCCCUCAUGGGGAUCCUCAGUUAACUCAUUUAUUCCAAGAUUAUUUAGAGGUUUGUUUAGAACUAUUUGAUGAUGUAGCUAAAUUAGUCCUAUCUUCGGGUUACAAUUGUGAAAUUGCUAAGGCUGAUAUUGAAGAUGCAUACAGAGUUAUCCCUAUGUCUCCUUUAGAUUUCAGGAAAUUGGGGUUUUCAUUUGACAAUAAAUUUUAUUUUGAUACAGCACUACCUAUGGGAGCUUCUUCCUCGGUAGCUAUAUUUGAAAAAUUUUCAUGUUCUUUACAGUGGAUUUUGAAAACAAAAUGUGAAGUACAAAAAGUAUCACACAUUAUAGACGAUUUCAUUUUUGUGGGUUCUGCUGAUACUGGGGAAUGUUUAAACUCAUUGAAUAAAUUCAUGUCACUGGCAAAAGACUUGAAUUUACCAAUCAAACAUGCUAAAACGUCAUUACCUUCGACCUGUGUAGAAGUACAUGGUAUUAUGAUUGAUACCAAGUCAAUGAUCGCCAAACUUCCUCAGAACAAAGUUCAAGCCCUAAGAUCCUUACUUAACAUGUACAGGAAACAAAAGAAAGUCACUCUAAGGGAAUUGCAAUCAUUAUUAGGUCAUUUAAACUUUGCUUGUAGAGUCAUUAAACCGGGUCGUUGUUUCUUACGACGUCUAUAUGAUAAAACUAUGGGCAUAAAUAGUAAACAUCACUACAUCAAAUUGAAUAAUGAUUGCAGGGCUGAUAUUCAAUUGUGGCAUGAAUUCAUUCAUGAUUACAAUGGUUGCACUCUUCUUACCGGGGACAGAUUUAUAUCAAAUCAAACUAUGAAUCUAUUCACAGAUUCAGCCGGUUCUAAAGGCUUCGGAAUUGUUUACUCAAAUGAAUGGACAUUUGGCUGUUUUCCACUUCAAAUCCAACAGCUCCAUAUCAAUAUCUUAGAGCUCUAUCCAAUAGCAUUAGCAGUUGUAAUGUUUGGUCAUUUAUGGUCAGGAACGAAUGUCUUGUUUAUAAGUGACAACUUGUCUGUAGUCUACUGUUUAAACAAGCAAACUUCUAAAGACAAAAUAAUGAUGAAACUGAUCAGAUUUAUAGUUUUAAAGGCCCUCAAAUACAACUUCUGUUUUAAAUCAAAACAUAUUAGUUCAUCUACUAAUAUAAUCUGUGAUAAAUUAUCUCGAUUACAGGUCAAAGAAGCCCUUCAACUCGCUCCUCAUCUAAACAAAUGCCCAGCAGCCAUUCCACUGUCAAUGACUCCAUGGCUAUUGCUGAAAUAAAAGGCAAUUUGGUAGCGGCGUCCCUAGCAAGAACUACCAGACAAGCAUAUGACAGGUUUUGGGCAAAAUUUGUUGAGUUCCUAACAUCAAAUAAUUCGUACCAUGACGUGCCUUUUUCUGCCACUGUCAUUUCUGACUUUGUGGCUUAUUUACAUUUAAAGAACUAUAAGCCAUCUUCAAUUAGCAGUCACUUAUCAGCAAUAACUUAUUUCCACCAAGUGGCUAGGUUCCCUGACCCUUGUGAUGAUGUAAUUGUUAAAAGAAUGAUCCUGGGGUGUAAAAAACUAACCCCCUCUUUUGAUCAACGUUUGCCUCUGUUAAAAGUCCACAUAAAGAAACUCAUAGUGGCCUGUGACCAUAUCUUUAAAGACAAUAUGUAUGAUAGAUAUCUGUACAAAGCUAUAAUACUGGUCACUUACAAUGGGUUCUUUAGAAUGGGUGAACUUCUUCCAAGAAAUUUAAGGAAGUGUAACAAAGUCAUUCAAUUCAAUCAUGUUCAUCUGACUAAGUCCCAUGUAUCUUUGAAGUUACAUAAUUACAAGACUAAAAAAGAGGUCAAGCCAAUUGAUGUCACUUUACAAAGAACCAAAGUUCUUUGUCCAAUUAAAUCACUUCACAGGUAUCUGACCAUCAGGGGUGCUCGUGAUGGCCCCCUCUUUAUUUCAUCAUUAAAUACUCCUAUCACUAUUUCAAAAUUCAAAGGUGUUUUUGAUCAACUACUUGACUUAUGUCACCUCAGCCGUCAGUAUUAUCAUCUCCACAGCUUUAGGAUAGGGGCAUGUACACAAGCUAUUUUGUCAGGAAUCCCCGAACAAACCAUUAUGCAAAUGGGCAGAUGGAAAUCAAAUGCCUUUAAAAGAUACAUCAGACUAGCUAAUGUAAGAAAUCCUGUUUCUUGAUCAAAAAUCCUAUCUGCUGCCUUACCCAUAUUUAAAUGCCUUUCUGUGUCAUUGGGGUGUGACACAAACAUGGGUGUUUCAUUUAUGUCUAUUUGCUUCCUUUGUGUCAUUGGGGUGUGACACAACCAUAUUAUUCUUAUUCUAAUAUUGUGCAAUUACUUUUUUGUGUCAUCGGGGUGUGAUGCAAAAUAAAAUGACAGUUUCUGUUCAUGUAUAUAUAUAUGACUUUGUGUGUCAUUGGGGUGUGACACGAUCAUAUUAAUCUUAUUCUAGUAUUGUGUAAUUACUCUUUUUGUGUCAUCGGGGUGUGAUACAAACAAAUAACGUUGCUUUUAUUCAUGUACAUACGCCUUUGUGUGUCAUUAGUGUGAUUCAAUUAAAGGGACUUGGUUUUACUCCGUAUGUGCAUUUUGUGUCAUUGGGCAAACACAAAUAAGUGACAAUUGUUUUGUUAAUAUGUAUUUGCUUAUUGUGUCAUUGGGGUGUGACACAAUUAUCUUGAUGCUGGUUUUUGUAACAUUUUCUAAUUAUUUACAACUAUAUACAUACUCAAAAUAUUGCUAGUCAAAAUGAAAUCCAUUGCAAUGCUUCUUCAAUUGCUCCUUAUUGAGCCGAAGAUCUGUACUUUUGUAUUUAUUUUAUUGCUUUUUAUAUUUAUGUAUUGUAAAUUUUUACUAUCAUAACUAGUCAACAUAAUUCUAGUCUGACAAUUUGUCUCACUAUUAUUCCAGUAAAUAAAAUCACAUAUUUUUGUCUAACAUCGCUUUAAUAAGCCUCAUAAUAAUUUAUCUAGUCGAAAGUGUUUUAAUAAUAGACCUGCUAGUGGCAGGGUCUACCCCUGUUAACUUCUAUAUUGUAAGUUUUUACUUUCAAGCACUUGCUCAUGUGACAAGUUUUACCCUUAAAAAUAAUACAGUUGUUAAUACCCAUUUUGUUGUAAAUAGCUUUGUUAUAACUGUAAAUAUUUUUCUUUCUCAUGUUACUUAUACAUAUAUAUAUAUAUAUAUUAGUUACACUUUAUGACUACAUAUAUGUAACCUGAUAGGAAUUCCAAAUUGUUCCACAUUAGUGUUCUCUACUAUGAUUUGCUUGAUCAUACUCAUGUAGAUUUGUUAUAACUUUCUCUAGAACUUGCUGUAACAUAUAUUUGUUUUUUUUUGGUGGUUUGGGAAAGUGGUAGGCAUCUAUACAAUUUAAAUUUCUUUGUCGUCUAAAUUUGCGCCUGUCAAGUCUCUUUGGUUGGACCAGUGGUGGACGAAUUGCUGUCCAACUUUAUGUCAUGUUUUUUACUUAUAUAAGCUUUAUAUGCCUUUCUUUCUUGUUUUUUAAAUAAACAGUCCAGUGCCCUCUGGGCCUGGACAUUUUCAUCCAAUUUGGUAUUUGUUCUAUUUUAUCUUGACAUAAAUAAACUGCUGAGUCUUGCCAGGUGCAAACAUAAAAUUAUACUUUAUAUAGUGGAACAGUAUAAAGUGAUUUAUGUUUGUACAGUUUCAUCUUAUUUUACAUCUUAGCACAUUUAAGGCAUUUCUGGUGUUUAAACACUUUUCGGUGUAAUUCUAUCUUUCGGAUCAUAGAAAAUUUUUCACCACUAGGUGUCGCACGCAAAAUUGUUAUCUGAAAAUUGUUUCACUCUACCGCCACCACCCCACCACAACUCCUUGCCUAGUUUUAAUAUUGUUUGUUUUACUACAUGUUACUUUUAUAUGUACAGGACGAAUUGCUGUCCAACUUUAUGUCAUGUUUUUUACUUAUAUAAGCUUUAUAUGCCUU